AUGACUCUCCCACCAAAGUUCAAUGCCUCCCACGCCGUUCCUAAAUUUGAGGAACUCAAGACCGCGCCAAACGUGAUUGAUAUCUAUCUGGACUAUACAUGUCCAUUCUCUGCAAAGUUCUUCAUCAAUUGGUAUGAGAACCUCUAUCCAAAGUUGAAGACCGACUUUGAUUCAAAAGUGCAGGUAGUUUUCCACAACUACGUCCAAGUGUGGCAUCCAACGUCCAACUUGGUGCACGAAGCCGGUCUUGUCGUUGCUCAGUUGGACCCAGAAUCCUUCUUGGAUGUUAGUUAUCACCUCUUCAAGAACAUUGCUCAGUUCUACGACACUGCAACUGCUGAUCUGACCAGAAACCAAAUCUAUGAAAAGAUCUUUGACUCUGUCAUUGCCGCAACAAAGCCAAAGUACACUAGGGAGCAAUUCUUGGAGAAGUUGACCAUCAACACAAAGGUUGCUGAGGAUUCGAACAGUGGUAAUGCCGCUAGCAACGACCUGAAAGUGUUUACAAGAAUCGGCAGACAGAACGGUGUCCAUGUUACCCCAACUGUCUUCUUCAACGGUUUUAGAGACACAUCCAUUGAGUCAUCUACUCCAAUCUCUGUCAUUGAGGAGAAGAUCAAGGCCCUUUUGUAA